AAGCUGACUUUAAACGUUGGGAAAUAGAAAAAAGGGAGCCCUGUAAAGUGGAGCGCAUCUACCACCCUCCCACUGAAAAAUUUGGAAACACCACUACCUCCCAGGAUGCGUUUAUUCCAAGGGAAUUUGUCCUCCAGAAGCUCAUUAAACCUGCCGACACCACCACGCUCUCAGGCCAGCCUUUUAGCAGCGACACAUGUCACCGGAUGGACUACGUUCCCCAUCAGCUGGAACCCAGGUGGCAAAAGUUGAAAGAAGCCUACAGGCCCAGCAGCCAGCCUUUCGAAAAUGUCACCACCCACCAGAGCGAUUUUAGGGGCCUCCCUGGCGAUCUCCCCAAAAGCUUCAAGCCCGAACCGACCAAAGUGGAAACCAAGUCCGAUUUUGAGGGCAUGUCAGAAUCCCAUGACCGCUUUCAGCCGUGGGCGGUUUCCUUACCCGAGCUUCACAAAGCGAAGGAGUACGCUCCCCCUACAGGCAGCAUGGAGUUUAACUCCACAUCCCGCCUUGAUUAUCCUCCUCACAUCGUCAAUCCGGUGGUCCUCAUGAAACCGCUGGAAAAGAUCAGAAAGAACACGCUCCCCUUCCAAGGGAACACGACUAUGAGAGAUUCCUUCCAAGCGUGGGACAUUCAUCCCCCGGAAAUGAUUAAAAAACCCCAGGAGAUACCGAGGCCCUCAGGUAAAUUGGACGAUAUCACCACUUUCCGAUCUCACUAUACGCCGCACACUCUAAUCCCGACCCAGAGCUUCAAACCUCCGAAGGUGGUUUUGUCCACUUCGGCGCGUUUCGACGACGAAACCAUUUAUCAUAGGGACUACACCCCGAAGAAGAAAGAGGUUUGUCCCGUAAAUUACCCAUCUCCCCCAGGCUAUGUGUACGUCAGCACCGAUUCGCGCGGUCACAAAUUCUUCCGCAAGACGACCCCAGAUAUCAGUAAGGUUGUCCAUCCAAAUGGUCCCCAUGUUCCAAAAGAAAUAGCAGUUGUGUCCUAAUCUCUUAAUUAUUUGGCUCUGCUCGGGACUGAACAAUAUCAUGCCUUAGGCAGAGGAAUAGGGUGGCUCUUAACUAACUAUAAGCACAAUGAUUACAAGGUUUUGGGAACGUGAAAACUGAAAUGUUUAUAAGAGUGGUGACGGAAACUGAAUCAGUAUUUCUAUGGAAAUUAUUUUUUCUUCGGUGGUUUGUUAAAAUAAUUUAAUCCUUAAUGAAAAUGUCUGUCAAUAACUUGACAAAUUUAAUAUACAGUAAACACUUUUACUAUGUACCGUAUGGCAUGAUUUGAAUGUAAUCUGUUUGUAGCUACCUGUGGUUUGUUUUUUGCUUUUUUGGCAAUUUAUUUUCUCAAGCUAGAUCCAGAAAGGAAUCAUUAUUUACACCUAUAAUUUUUCAGGUUAACUUCCAGCAUCCCACCUUCAGUAACACCAGUCACAGAAGUGGUCUAGAAUUGAGAGAUUAGUGGCUAGAGAGAACAAUAGGAGCCUACAGACGAUUAUGUUUAUGAACUAGCUUUUUCAAAAAAAAAAUAUGUGGCUUAUUAAGAGUAUCAAUGAUAUUUAAUCGGCCACUGAUCUGCAUAUUAGCAGAUUUGUUCUUGCCUGAGGCAACCUUAACUUCCUGCCACCCUAAUCCCAUCAACACAAGUUUUGGGGUUUGGGACAGAAGGCAGAGUUUUAGUCUCACAGGUAGAUGAAGCAUCUCCUGUUGAAUUCAGCUGAGCUAAGGAUCUAGGAAGAAUUUAUAGGAUCAGAAAGAAACAUGUGGCCCCAGCUAGAUAGACGGGGAAGCUUUUUUCCCUAAAUUUGACUCAAUUUAUUAUUGAGGGGGAAAAAUGGCAAAAUAACAUUGCGGAAUGACAGAUCUGCCUUGCAGAUCGUUAUUUCAGCCGUCAUGUUUUUUUUUUUUAAUUAAUGAAGUCCUUGGUUUGAAAUUUGUUUCAGUGAGCGUUUCUUUUUCAAUAUGAUAGAUUGAAGUUUACCCUCUUGAGUUCUUUUGUACUCAUUAAUUUAAGGAAAUGGUUUUAUAAUUGAAGCGCCCGUGUAAUCCUUCUGCUCUGUCUCCAAGUUAGCAAAAUAAGAGACCGAGAUUGAUAAAUAGUGUCAAAAGAGCAAAAAAAAAAAUAAAUCAUCCCCAAAAGGACAGGAAACCAUCUGAAUGUCUGGGAAUGUUUGUGUUGUGUCACUCGCACAGAUACAGACUGAGAUUAAAAUCCGUUUAUUUUAUGACUUGUCUUAUGUAAAUGUAUGGCUCUAAAAAAUCUAAUUAAACACUUUUGUGUCACAUUA